AUGAACCUCCAGGAUAAGUCCCUUCUUAGGGGGGUAGAACUCAUCCAAGGCGGUAGAGAAACAUCUCUAUGUCCUGGUCAAUUCUUCGAAGUAACAGACCCCGCUACAUCAAGACCAAUUGCACUAGUCCCAGAUCUAGAUGCCGAACAAUGUAUCGAAGCUGUUACAACUGCUGUAAAAGCGGCAGAAGAGGUGAAGAAACUAACUGCCAAAGCAAGGUCAGAGAUGUUGCAAAAGUGGUGUACAUUAACCAGGGAGGCAGAGGAGGAUCUCAGUCGCAUCAUCACCGCAGAGAAUGGCAAACCACUUGUGGAAGCCAAAGCGGAAAUCGCCUACGCAUCAGAAUUCAUACACUGGUUUUCAGGCGAGGCCCAGCGUCUGGAUGGAUCAAAGGUGACUGCAUCUUCCGUGUCCAGUCACCGCGUCAUUACCUUGAAGCAACCAGUCGGAGUCGUGGGAAUUGUAACGCCAUGGAAUUUUCCCGCAGCAAUGGUCACUAGGAAAGUUGCAGCUGCAAUUGCUGCAGGAUGUACCUGCGUGCUCAAGCCGGCCGAAGAAACACCGAUGACAGCUCUGGCGAUGGCCGAGCUGGCUAAUCGAGCCGGCCUCCCAGCAGGAGCUUUCAGUGUGGUAACCACCGCCACCCAUAGAGUGGAGGUAGGGAAAGUCCUGACACAGCACCCUGACAUCCGAAAAUUCUCCUUCACUGGCUCCACGGCUGUUGGGAAGUUGCUUGCUGCCCAGUGCGCCACAACUGUCAAGCGGGUUAGUCUUGAGCUAGGGGGAAAUGCGGCAUUUGUCAUCUUUGACGAUGCCAACCUGGAGAAGGCUGUCGAGGGCAUUAUGCAGAGUAAAUUUCGCCUAUCUGGCCAGACCUGCGUUUGUGCCAAUCGAGUAUAUAUCCAGUCUGGGAUUCAUGAUCGUCUUGUCCAAGCAUUGGUUCAAAGAGUGAAGUGCUUCCAACUAGGCCCAGGAGACGAUCCCAACACCACGCUGGGACCAUUGAUUAAUAGUAGGGCCGCUGACAAAGUAGCCGUCCACGUUGAAGAUGCACGCGCUAGAGGGGCACAAAUUCUUUUCGGAGGUCAGAGGGCAGAAGGAUUAGGGAGGGCAUUUUUCGAACCCACAGUUGCCAUAAACGUUCAUCCAGACUCAUUAUGUGCACAAGAAGAGACUUUUGGACCUCUGGUGCCAAUCAUUAAGUUUGAUUCAGAAGAGGAUGCAAUCCAGAUGACCAAUUCCUCCUCUGUGGGUCUGUCAGGGUAUCUCUUCACAGAAAGUCUUUCUCGGGCAUGGCGGGUGGCAGAGGCCAUGGAGGUCGGCAUGGUCGGCGUUAAUACUGGACGGAUCAGCGAUGUGGCAGUUCCCUUCGGGGGUGUUAAGGAAAGUGGUCUAGGGCGUGAGGGAGCAUCUGUUGGAGUGAAUGAAUAUCUCGAGAUCAAGAGUGUCACCUUGGAUAUUGGCUCUUAA